AUGGAGAAAAGAUGCCGGGUCAGCAAGUUCUGUAUCUUAUGUCUGCUCUUAGCUCUUGUAGCUGUAGCUACUAUUAUCACGCUGUGGACUAUUGCCCUGACUGGAGCAGAUCAAGGUGAUGAGGAUUCCGCUCCUUGGGACAGGUACCGUCUUCCAAAUUUUCUGAUUCCUCUCAUGUACAACAUUACUCUGUGGCCUCAUCUAAGCCCUGACCCCGUCUCUGGUCUUUACCUCUUCACAGGUACUUCUACUGUGGUGUUUGAAUGUGAAACGCAAACCGAUCUGGUCCUAAUCCACUCAAACAAGCUCAACUACACUUUGCUGGAGAAGAAACACAUGGCCCUGCUUCUUGCUUCAGGCCAUGGUUUUGUUCCAAAUAUUACAUCUACCUGGUUAGAGCCAAAGACGCAGUACCUGGUGGUUCAGUUAAAUGGUCCAUUAACUGAAGGAGAGACCUAUUUUUUGUAUACUGAGUUCACUGGAGAGCUGGCUGACGACUUAGCUGGUCUUUACAGAAGUGAAUAUGUGGAGGAUGGAAUCAAAAGGAUUGUCGUUGGCUCUCAGAUGCAUCCAACUCAUGCCAGAAAAACCUUUCCUUGUUUUGACGAACCAGCUAUGAAAGCGUUUUUCAAUAUAACCGUCAUCCAUCCACCUGGAACUGUAGCCUUGUCCAAUGGCGAUGAAAAAGAGGCUGUUAACAUCACAAUUAAUGGCUCAUCCAUGAUUAAAACUAGUUUUGAGUCAACUGAGAAAAUGUCAACGUAUCUACUUGCCAUUGUCAUCUCAGACUACACAUACCUCAGUGCUACGCUAGGCGAUAUCUCGAUACGUAUCUGGGCUCGAAAGAAGGCCAUAGAGCAAGGACAAGGAAACUACGCACUUAUUGUGACGGGACCCGUAUUGGACUUUCUUCAACGAUAUUAUAACAACUCCUACCCGCUAAGGAAGUUGGACCAAAUUGCUCUGCCAGACUUCUAUUAUGGCGCAAUGGAGAAUUGGGGUUUGGUGACAUACCGAGAAGCCAAACUGCUGUAUUACCCUUUGAUCUCCUCAAGUCGAGAUAAAAAGAGUACAGCCACCAUCAUUGCUCAUGAACUAGCCCACAUGUGGUUUGGUAACCUGGUGACCCUGAGGUGGUGGAAUGAGGUGUGGCUCAAUGAGGGCUUUGCUACCUAUGUGUCUUAUCUGGCAGCUGACCAUUUUGAGCCGACAUGGGGCUUGAAAGAUCAGAUCGUUCUCAAUAGCAUUCACAAAGCAUUUUCAGUUGAUGCCUUGAGCUCCUCCCAUCCUUUGUCUACUAAAGAAGCCAGUAUUUUCCUACCAGAUCACAUCAGCCAACAGUUUGAUACCAUAUCUUACAAAAAGGGUGCAGCAGUCUUGAGAAUGUUGUCUGGUUUCCUAACAGAGCCUGUCUUUGUCCAAGGACUCAGUAAAUACCUCCACCGCUUCGCCUACCGUAAUACAAUAGGAAAUGACCUGUGGGACACUUUACAAAUGGAGGUGGAAGCGAACAACAUAUAUCUUCCUCUUCGAGUUCAUGACAUAAUGAAUCGAUGGGUACUCCAGAUGGGCUUCCCUGUUGUUACCAUAGAUACCGCCAAAGGAAAUGUAUCUCAAAAGCACUUCUUGCUGGAUGAUGCAUACAUCUCAGAGGAAUCACCAUAUAACUAUGAGUGGCUGAUUCCAAUUCAAUGGAUGAAGUCCGGCGUGGUCAAGAGUGAUAUCUGGUGGCUGACGGAAAAAACAGCUAUAAACCUGGAGAUGAGGAGUGGUGGAAUGUGGAUUCUUGCUAAUAUCAACGUCACAGGAUAUUAUCGGGUGAAUUAUGAUCUGGGAAACUGGGAAAGACUUCUGGCACAACUUAUCAAGGACCAUCAGGUUAUACCACUAACAAACAGAGCCCAGCUUGUGGAUGAUGCUUUCAAUCUGGCCAGAGCUCAACUGGUCUCUACCUCACUUGCGCUGAGAACCACAUCAUAUUUGUCUGCUGAGACUGAGUACAUUCCCUGGCAGACUGCAUUGAAUAACUUUCAUUAUUAUUUCCUUAUUCUGGACCAAACUGACGUCUAUCACCCUAUGCAGGACUACAUGAAGAAUUUAGUAAAGCCGCUUUACCUGUAUUUUAAAAGCAUGACAUCAGACUGGAUCCAUGUUCCACCAAGACAAACAGAUCAAUUCAAUCAGGCGAAUGCCAUUCAAAUGGCCUGUAAAACUGGAAUCACAGAGUGCCAAACCUUGACCAGCACAUGGUUUAAGCAAUGGAUGGAUAAUCCACAUAAUAACUUGAUCCACCCACACUUGCGCGAUGCAGUAUACUGCAGUGCCAUCGCAACUGGUGAAACAGCAGAGUGGGAAUUUGGGUGGAAUCAGUUUAAGAAUACAUCUGUAGCAAGCGAAGCCAGUAAAUUAAUGUCUGGCCUAGCCUGUACCAACAACACGCAACUUCUAGAAAGGUAUCUCUCGUAUACAUUAAAUCCAGCUAUGAUUCGAAGGCAGGAUGCUGCUAUAGUCAUUCAGGCUGUGGCCAGCAACAGAGUGGGACAGGAACUAGCAUGGAACUUUGUUAGGCUACAAUGGGAAUUCAUGUUCACUCAAUAUGGUGCGGGAUCCUUCAAUUUUGCCCAAAUAAUAAAUGCUGUCACAGCGAGGUUUUCAACAUCUGCUCAUUUACAACAGCUGGAGGAUUUUCUGAGUGAGCACCAUGCCCUAGGUUUUGGUUCAGCAACUCAGGCAGUGAAACAGGCUUUGGAGAGGACAAGAGCCAAUAUCAAAUGGCUACAGCAGAACAAACGGGAAAUCCUGGACUGGUUCAUCAACCAGAAAGACCUGUGA